CCGCCCUGGCGGCCGCGGCCGUGGCCGAGGCCAGCGCGGCCGAAGCAGCCUCUGCAGCAGAGGUUGCGGCGCCCCCCUUGGGGGAGGCGGAUGCGGAUGCGGAUGCAGAGGUGGCGGCGGCUGCAGAUGCAGAUGCGGAGACGGGCGGGGGCUCCGAGGGGAACCCAGACUUUCCUAUGGCCUCACUGUACGUGGGCGACCUGCACCCUGAGGUGACAGAGGCAAUGCUGUACGAGAAGUUCAGCCCGGCCGGGCCCAUCCUCUCCAUCCGCAUCUGCAGGGACAAGAUUACCCGCCGCUCGCUGGGCUACGCGUAUGUCAACUACCAGCAACCGGUGGACGCCAAGCGGGCCCUGGAGACCCUGAACUUCGAUGUCAUCAAGGGCAGGCCAGUGCGCAUCAUGUGGUCGCAGCGGGACCCAUCGCUCCGCAAGAGCGGGGUGGGCAACGUCUUCAUCAAGAACCUGGGCAAGACCAUUGACAACAAGGCGCUAUACAACAUCUUCUCGGCGUUUGGCAACAUCCUCUCCUGCAAAGUGGCCUGCGACGAAAAGGGGCCCAAGGGCUACGGGUUUGUGCACUUCCAGAAACAGGAAUCAGCCGAGCGGGCCAUCGAUGCGAUGAAUGGAAUGUUCCUGAACUACCGCAAAAUUUUCGUUGGGAGAUUCAAAUCGCACAAAGAACGAGAGGCGGAAAGGGGAGCCUGGGCCAGGCAGUCCACCAGUGCUGACGUCAAGGAUUUCGAGGAAGACACUGACGAGGAGGCCACCUUGCGAUGA